AUGUUGAAGUUUAAAUUUGAGAAAAAAUUGUCAAUUUGUGAUUCAACUUCUUUCUGUGUGAUCGUAGUAUCUAAAAAAGUUUCAUUUGUAAUUCGGGAUGAGAAAGAACCCAUGCAUCGUUCAGGAGUUAACUGUUUACAGUACGAUAUGGGAACAGGCCGAUUGUUUUCUGGCGGUUCUGACACCAUAAUACGUAUUUGGGAAGCACCCGAUCAAAACAAUGACAACGUUCGAAUUUUUAUCGAAUUUUUCAUAAGAAUAUUAACAAGGAUUCACCAUAAUCUUCAUAUACAGUCUAUGGAACAUCACACUGAUUGGGUUAAUGAUAUAGUGCUUUGCUGUGGCGGCAGAAAUCUUAUUUCGGCUUCAAGUGACACAACAGUGAAAGUCUGGAAUGCUCAAAAAGGUUUUUGUAUGUCUACGCUGCGUACACACCGUGACUAUGUCCGUGCAUUAGCAUAUGCCUGUGACAUUGAAAUGGUUGCAAGUGGUGGUUUCGAUCAACUUAUCUAUUUGUGGGAUGUUGCUACAUUAACAAAGCUUACUGCAUUAAAUAAUACUGUUACAACUUCUUCACUGAUUGGUAACAAAGACAGUAUUUAUUCAUUAGCAAUGAAUCCUUCUGGAACGCUUAUUAUAUCUGGUUCAACAGAAAAAGUUCUUCGAGUAUUCGAUCCUCGUUCAUGUCAAAAGCUCAUGAAGCUUCGCGGUCACACGGAUAACGUUAAGGCAAUUAUUGUUAAUCGUGAUGGCACACAAUGUAUCUCAGCCAGUAGUGAUGGAACCAUAAAAUUAUGGAGCAUUGGCCAACAGUGUUGUGUAUCAUCAAUGAAAUGUCAUUCAGAAGGUGUUUGGGCACUACAGGCUGAUAGCAAUUUUUCGUAUGUAUAUUCCGGAGGGAGAGAUAAAAAAGUUUUCCGUACGGCAGUCAAUGAUUUUAAAACUGCUCAGCUGAUGUUCGUUGAAGAUGCGCCGAUACAAUGUUUGGAAUUAACUAAUCCCUAUCAACCUCGUUUCAUUUGGGCUGCCACUUGGAAUUCGUCAUUAAAACGAUGGCCAUUAACAAGCGAUGCGCGGAUUUCAAUAGGAGUAGAAGACAAUCAGUGUAUGGAAACAGACUUCAGUACAGUCUGCAUGAUUAGAGGGAAAAAGAUGAGUGAACGUGCUGCAAGCAUUAGACAACAUGUUGUUUUGAAUGAUAAAAGGCACAUUGUCACAAAGGAUACUGAUGAUAAUGUAGCAGUUUGGGAUAUCCUUAGAGGAAAAAAGGUCUCUGAUCACGGAAAAAGAUCAAUGGAGGAAGUAAUCAGAGAUCAUUUCAAAAAGGUUUUUGUGCCUUCGUGGUUUACAGUCGACCUCAAGAGUGGUAUGCUGCAGAUCACGCUGGACGAAUCGGACUUUUUUUCUGCUUGGGUUUCAGCAAAAGACGCUGGUCUUUCGGAUAGUCAAAAUGAUACUAAAAUCAACUAUGGAGGCAUGCUCCUUCGGGCAUUAUUUGAACAUUGGUCACGUUCGUUUGCUGAUGUUGAUGAAGAAUCUCCUACCCAUCACUUCAAUUCAGUGCCGGGUCAUACUCCACUUAUAUUAUGUGAGUCAAGUGGUCGGCCAAUAUUUCGUUUGAUGAUACGAGAUGCUGCUCAUGAAACAGAAUCACAGAUGUUGUCUGAUUUUGUUCCAGCCUGGGUUUUAGAUGUUGUCGAGCGAAAUCAAUUGCCAAAAUUUAACAAAAUGCCAUUUUUUUUACUUCCACAUCCAUCUCUUGGAAUAAAAACACCAAAAAAGGAUCGAUUAAGUGCUACAGAAAUGCUUCAAGUGAGGAAAGUAAUGGAGCAUGUAUAUGAGAAGAUACUGAAUGUUAAUAACGCAAAUUACGCGGAGAAUGGUGUUCCAUCGACAGCGCAUGUGCUACCACCUUCUCUGAUAUCUAAUAUAGAAGAGAGAAUAGAAUUAUAUUGUCAGGAUCAGAAAUUGGAUUCAGAAAUGGAUCUACGAACUGUGAAGCACUUCAUAUGGAAACAAGGAGGUGAUCUCUUGUUGUAUUAUAAACCUAUAAGAUAA